AAAAGGUCCGACUAAAUUUUUCAUUUUCGGAAACAUCCUCAGGCCAUGAUUCACUAUCACAUUACAGGGUCCCUCUUUUCUUUUUCAAGUGCUGUUGAGGCAAAUAUGACAGUUAGACAUUUUGCUCUGUCAAGAUCUGUUAUUCUAGACGUCCUUCGUGCUAUUGUCUCGAGACCUAUAUCUCCCACAGCACUCGCUAGACAACGUCCUCAACCCCUGAUCUUGACUAGCAAGACACUUUGGUUGGGUUCAUGCCAACGCGCUUACUCAACACAAGCACUCUUACUCGAUCCAAAAAACGAUACACAAGAAGAAAAGAAAGACAGAUAUCACUAUUUUACUAAAAAACUACCCAAUGGUACAAAAAAACUUGUCAAGGGCUUCACACUCAAAGAAAAGAAAGAAAAACCAAAGCAUUUGAUGGACUACAACAAGCGUAUGAUGUACGCCAUUCUCGAGAAUCGAGUCAACAAGGCUGUUCAACUGUUGCGUGACAUGGAAAAUAACCAUAUCAAACCUGAUCUGUCUUCAUACACCAUCAUUAUCAAUGGCUAUAGUACUCAAGGUGAUAUGUUUAGAGCCAAAAAAUGGAUGAAGCGAAUGAUGCAGAAUGGCAUUGAACCAGAUGCCUAUGUUUAUACCAGUCUCAUUGAUGGUUAUAUGCGAGAAGCCAAUGUAGACAAAGCAGAGACCACAUUUCGAUCCAUGAUGAGUCGCAACAUUCAACCUACACUUGUGACUUACAAUAUUCUAAUGCAUCAUUCAGUACGACAACUGAAUAUGGAAUCUGCAUUACGGUUCUGGAGUAACUUGUUAGAAGCAGGCUUAAAGUCAGAUGUAUACACAUUUGCUAUUGUUCUGCAUGGGCUAGGUGAUGAAGGACGUGUAGAUGAAGCAUGGCGAAUCUUCAAUCGAAUGCAACAAGAAGAGAUUGAUGUAAAUGAAGUAGUGGCAACAACACUGAUGGGCAUGCAUGUAAAGCAACAUGACAAUGAAUAUGCUGUCGAUCUAUUUCACAAGUUUUUCAAGACAAAGCCUCUUAAACCAACACACCACACUCGCAAUGUGCUAUUGAAUGCAGUGAUUGCUAACGCUGAUACUGACACCAUCAAGAAAUACUAUGGACAAUACAAAGAACAUUUGGCUCAAAAAGACAGAACAGGGACACCUUUAUUUAUAGGUGCCAAUGUAUACACUUAUACCACUUUUAUGCGUGCCUUUCUUCGUCGCAAUGAUCUCUCUAUGGUCAGCCAAGUCUACAAAGACAUGGCAGAACAACACAUACAGCCAACACUUGUCACUUAUGCCACUCUUAUGUUGGCUCAUGCUUAUGUACCUGACCCCGAAUCAUGCUCCCGUAUCUUAAAUAGCUUAAAAUCAUCAGGCAUCAAGUUAAAUGCUGUCCUUUAUACCAUUGUCAUGCGGGCCUAUGCCAAAGCUGGUCGAUGGGAACAAGUCAGACAGACAUAUGAGCUUAUGAAACAGGAUAAGGUAGAACCAACCAAGUUAACCAUGGAAGUAUUACGUUAUGGAAGACAUAAUGCUGAUAAAUAAAAUUGUACAUAUUUAAACU